AUGAACCCCGACUCCAAGCUGGACGAGUUGAUUCAGCGCCACGAGGACUCCCUGAAGCGCAUCUCAGACCUCAAGGCGGGAGCGAAGCGGCUGUCCUGGGGGGCCUGGCUCUCCCAGCACUGGCGAGCCAACAGCAACAACAUCGUCAACGUGCUGUUCGCGGGCGCCAUCGUCGUGCUAUCGGGGAGACUCCUCCUCGACAGGCAGGCCCAUGAGGGCGAGGCCAAGCAACUGAGAGAGCAAAGCAAACAACUGCAGGAGGAGAAUGAAAGGCUGCAGACGCGGAUCAGCAUGCUCACAACUCAAAUCUACGAAGUCAGUCAAGACUUGGAUUCAAGGGGUAGAAGACUGGCCCCUUUUGCCCAACGCAUAAGGGACAUCAUACGCAGUGGUCUGGACUGUUCAGAAAACGGGAUUGCUGAAUCAGAGAGUGGUGCUGGUAAGGCUGCAAGGCCACCAGCAGAUGAGAGAAAACGCGGAGAGAACUCCAAUUUCAUGGUGUAG